GUGGAUAGCCCAGUCCGAGCUCAAGUACCAUUUAUAUAAGAAGCUGAAGCCGCAUUCCUGCUUGCUUCUCGGAGAUUCGAGAAAUCGGGAAGGUCUACAAAAACAGUUUUGGACGCCAACGUGGUUCAGGUAAUUGGAAUCAACAACCAUGGCCGGUGGUGGAAAUUUCGUUAACAGAGUCAUGUCAUACCUCGUCAAUGAGCUUCUGGUCGAUAGCCUCGCCAACAGCAAAUCAUUCCAGAGGUUUGCUGUGAGGACAUCAAAGCAGAUGGAUGAGCUUUCAAAUUUGGCUUCCAAGAAGAAGGAACAACUUGCCGAGCAGAUGAAGGAUAUCUCCAAUUCUCUCAAAGAUCGGUGAGACAUAAGUGGUGAUCGCAGCUGUCAUUGCGCCAUCUGUAUACGUCCUUGAUAAGAGUGUUUCUGAGCUGGGUCCCUUUUUUUUUUUGUUGCUUGUAAGAUGUGCUUCUAAUUGCACAUUAGUUUGUUACUAAACCUCCUUGUAUAUCGAAGAGUAGUUUAUGACCUCCCUCUCUAGUUCAAAGCUACUUGCAUCCCUUCACUGAAAUAAAUUUGUAGUUAGUGAUCUCGAUUA